AGGGUCGCUUCAAUUGCUUUGUGCAUUGCAUCUCUCUUUGACUCUCAAGGUAAUUGUCUGUCACCUGUCAAAGGCCAUACAAUGAGGCCAACACUUUUCCGUCCGUUCCAGUCGACUCUUCGAGUUCUGGGCCAUGAAAACCCCUUGGGCCUGCCGAAAUCCGGCACACCUCCCAACUGGCCCAGGAAGCCCGUGAAGAGGAAGAUCACCGGCGUAGAGAAAAUCAUUGCGGUUUCUUCCGCCAAGGGUGGCGUUGGCAAGAGUACAGUCGCAGCGAAUUUGUCAUUGGCUUUUGCACAACUAGGCUACAGGGCGGGAAUCCUGGACACCGACAUUUUUGGCCCUUCAAUUCCGACACUCUUUAAUCUGACCGGAGAGCCUAGGCUCUCGGAAAACAACCAGUUAAUCCCAAUGACCAACUACGGUGUCAAGACCAUGUCCAUGGGCUACCUCGUUCCAGAGGAUGACGCCGUGGUAUGGCGAGGCCCCAUGGUGAUGAAGGCCAUUCAGCAGCUACUCCAUGAGGUGGACUGGGGUGGAUUAGAUGUCCUCGUGCUCGACCUGCCUCCAGGCACAGGCGAUACGCAGCUCACCAUUACACAGCAAAUCAUUCUUGAUGGAUCCAUCAUUGUCACCACACCCCACACACUCGCAGUCAAAGACGCGGUCAAGGGCGUCAACAUGUUCAACAAGGUCAAUGUCAACAUUUUGGGCUUGGUGCAAAACAUGUCACUCUUCAACUGUCCACACUGCCACGGCGACACACACGUUUUUGGGUCCAACGAAAGAGUCGAGCGCAUGUGCAGAGAUCACAAGAUCGACUUCCUAGGCGAUAUCCCCCUGCACCCGUCCAUCGGCGACGACGCGGAUCUGGGCAAGCCCACCGUCGUAUCAGAGCCAUCGAGUGACAGGGCAGAAAUCUUCCUCAAAAUUGCGAAGGAUAUUGCCCCAAAGAUUGACCUCCGCUCACCGUAACUCGCCAAUGAUUUGUGGCGGCCAGUAAGCGAUGUGUGUUGAGGCCGAAGUAAUAGUGUAGGAUAUCCUGUAUAGCCAGAUGUUUAGUCAAGGUGGCCAAGAAGCUGGGGAAGUUGGGCAUCUCAUGUAUUUGUAACAAGGACCCCUCCACGCAUUAUGCGCAGAGUCCAGAUGGGA